AACCCCCUCACCUUAAUCUACAUCCUUCCUCUUUAAGUCAUUUCAUUUACACGCUGGGUUCCCUCAAAACCACUUUAAAAUCCGCGCAGAGGUCAAUUAAAAACUAAGAGGCCGACUUCGACCCAAUCUUUCUGACUUCGAAAGCCGAUCUCCUCUGAAACAUGGCUGGGAACUCGUCUAACUCGUGCAUAUCUGAGGAACUUGUUUAUUCGGCCCGGUUCCAGGCAUCGGCUGUUGUGUAUGGACUGGUUCUGGCUGUGGGUCUGCCCCUCAACACGUUGUCCCUGUGGAUCCUGUUGCGCAGUCACGGGCUCCGGUCACCGUGCGCCGUGCUCAUGGUGAACCUCGCCGCAUCUGACCUGCUCCUCGCGCUCUCUCUGCCGCUGCGCGUCUACUUUUACGCGACGCUCCAGUGGCCGUUUGGAGUGGCCACAUGCACCACUGCCAUCAUGCUGUUUCGGGUCAAUAUCAGGACGAGCUGUAUCUUCAUCACUUUAAUCAGCGUGGACCGGUUUGUCGCCUUGGUGUUCCCUCUGCGCUCCCGGUCUCUGCGAACCUCCGCGUGUGCCAUCAAGUGCUGCGUGGCUGUGUGGAUCCUCGUCACCAUCCUUUCCAUUCCGGAGAUUAGGAAUCUCCACAGCGCCCUGAAAGAGUGUACCUACAUACCGUGCUUUGAGUUUCAAGUGCUCGCUAAGGGCUCGAAAACCAUAGCAGUCGCACAGGCGACAUUUUUAUUAACACUUUUGGUGAUCAAUGUCGUCUCCACGGUCGUGGUCAUAGUCGUGCUGAGGAAGCGCCCCAGCGAUGGUGCGGCCAAAGUGAACAACAAAAUGAACGUGAUACUGAUUUUUGCAAUCAACUUGUUGGUGUUUAUUUUAUUUUUCCUGCCGUUCACUUUACAACUCUUGACGAUCAAGAACGACGACAGCGGCGAUGUUAUACGAGCGCUCAUCUGCCUGGCGAGUGUCAACUGCUGUCUGGACCCUCUCAUCUACUAUUUCUCCUUGGACUCGUUCUGGCAGGACAACGGUAAAAGACAAACGGAUGUUGGCACGUAUUCUCUCAGCAGGUCGAUGGAAAGGUCUUAACUAGCUGAAAAUAUAAAGGAUAAACAGUAGAGAUACUAGUACGGACCACGGAGCCCCGAAAACGACAUGGCGAUGGGGAAAAAUAGGAGUUGAGGGAAAAAUAUAUUUCAGUGCUUUAGCGUUCCCUCGAAAAACUUGAAAAACUGUAUUGUGUUCCCCCGUGAAAAUUUGCGUUCGCUCGCAAAAGCACUGACAUAAAGCUUUUAUUUCCAUCGCAAAGUUUGGCCUCAUGAGAAAAACAAAUCGGUGGCCUCAGAACUUGGCUAAGAUAGAAAGUAUAAAUAUGGGUGUUAAAACCUUGCCUAUCUAACACCUUUGUGGGUGUCACUGUAUUAGACUUUCAGAACACAUGUGUGAACUUCACAACUCAUUUCAUAUAUCAAACCAUCAUGAGAGGGUUAAACGGCAUUAAAAAGUUGGUUGGAUAUUUCGUUUAAAUCUAAUUUAAAUGCCCAAAUAUGUCAAAAUAAGGGCUUUAAAUAAGCUAUUGGAUCUGUUUGGUUAGAAUAUCAUACUGUGAUUAUACUAUAUUGCCUAAUAGUAGCCUAUUUAAUUGCAUUAUAUUUAUGGCUUUUUGCAAUGUACUGCAAUUUUAAUUUUUUCUGGUGUGGAGCCUCAUACUUAGCAGUAUAACAUAUAUGUGGCUUUCAGAAUAUCUUCAACAGAGAAAAGUUAUUUUUUUUUUUUUUGUGGUAAAACAUGUUUUUAAUUUUAUAUUUAUUUUUAUAAUGAUGACUUGUGAACCACAUUGAAGCUAUGCUUUUUUCCACUUCCUGUGGUAAAAAGAUGUGCUAAUUCUGUUUCAAUGCAACCUCAGCUCACAAGCUAAAUAUUUGGGCCGACAAAUACUUUAGAGAAACUUCUGUGUGCAUCUGUUGGCUCAUCCAUCACAACCACAAAAAUGUAAAUAUCGUCUGGGUUCCACCUAAAUUUAGUAGGUACUAUGAAGUCACCAGGGGAUGCAGAUGAUCAGACUUUAAACUCUGCUUAAUUAUAAUGAUAAUAGGAAUAGUUACUUACGGUUUCAAUGGUUAAUGUUAUAAAACCUGCCAUAAUGUCUGAUCUUAAAUAUGAUACACAUCUGCUUAUGUUGUAUAUUUGAUAUGUGAUUUUAAAGAACUUCUUAGAUUUGUUUAUGUCUGUAAUAAUUAUGUGAACAGUUUUUUUGUUUGUUAUAUAAUCUAAGAAGUCUUAAAAUUGAUGUCUUUACCACAGGGAUUUCUCAAUUAAAGUGUCUUUGAUCAUGUGAAAUAAGUGUUGUCACAUUAAAUAAAUUUUGUUGACAGACCUGUA